UUUACAUUUACAUUCUCAUUUUGUAUAUGAUUGUGAAAUAAUACAUAUAUAUUGGUUCUAUCUAGAUUCGUUUAUUUAUUGAUCAUGCUAUACAAUUUGUAUCAAUAGUUCUAACAAUUUAUUGUAUCUUAUAACUAACUAAACUACCUUAUCAAACAAAUAUCAUUGAUACACAGAUCUUUCUCUGUUUAAUAACUGAUUAGUUCUAUAUUAAAACAAAAAGAGAAAAUAAACAAUUGAACACUUGUAUUAUUUAUUCAAUAUUCAAUUUUGGAAAUAAAAUAAUUGAUUGUAAAAAACAAAAAAACAAACACUCAAAGUAAAACAACAACAACAAAAUUUGUAUACAAAUAAUAAAUAAUGCAAAUGUUCAGUGUAAUUGUUGCCCAGUUCAUUUUGCUUUUAUACACUACAAAUUAUGUGACAUCACUUAAAUGUUAUCAAUGCAAUUCACAUGCUGAUAGUGUAUGUAAUAGUGUUUUAAAUUCACGUGAACGACCAAAAGAAUGUCCACCACAUUUACAAUCAUCAUGUAAAACUGUAGUUCAGGAAGCACCAUAUAUUUACAGUCAUAAUGCUACAAAUCGACCAACUGUACGAAUUUAUCGUGAUUGUAGCGCUAUUCCAACUGAAUCGCCACAAUGUAUCGACAGAGUGGGUACAGACAAAGUGAAAAUGCGCUAUUGUAUAUGCACAGAUGAUGCAUGCAAUCAAAGUAUUUUAACUACUAGUGUACAAGUCAAAUCAAUCAUACUUUCAAUAAUGUUCAGUAUUUUAACUUAUUCAUUCUCGUUAAAUUAGAAGUUCAAUUCGAAUCGAAUUGAAUAGAAUAAAAAUUCAUCAACGCCGAAUGUAGUAGUAAAUCAAUCAGUCAAGUGAACACAGCACAUUUGAUAUGGACGAAAAAAAAAACAGCUUAUUGAAAAAAAAACAAAAAUUUAUAUCACUUUUAUUGUUUGUUCCUUUUUUAGAUUCUCAAAGUUAUUAUUAUUAUUGUUAUUUAGAACAUUCAUUAGUUUGUAUCCAAUUAAAACUGUAUGACGACGAACUAUCAUCAUUUUUAUUAAUUUGUUCAAUUUACAAUGGAAUGAAUUAUUCUUUGAUCAAUACUAUCUAGUUUCUAUUUUUUUUUUCUGUUUUUAAAUCUUUAGCCAUUUAACAAACAUGCUUACGUUGUCGUUCUCUCUUAGAUUUCAUUUUCUAAUUAAAUACAUUACAAAUAAUUUCAGUUAACAA